AAUCGAUGAAUCGGGUGCAUUCUAGAUUCUGAGUUGAAAACGUGAAAAUUUUUAAAUUGUAUUUUAUUUAUUUUUGUGGGUUUUUAUCAUCUGUGUCCUUGAUACUAAAGCAAUAAGGUAAAGAAUAUAACAUAUUUAACUUAGAGUGAGCUUUUAUAUGUCGAAAUUUUGAAAAUCGGUUGCGUAAAACAGUAGACACAAAUUUUAUUGAGUAGAAUAUUUAUACGUCUUAAUAUACGUCGGGUUGUGAUGGCUAUAAAUAUGAGCUUAAUAUUGUCCGAUUAAAUAUUUGAAGGGCUUUUAGAGACAUCAUCAGAUAGUCCAGUUGACAACCAACAAUUUCUCCUUGACAAGUAGAAUUGUAUUUGAGUUAAAAUUGGUAUUUUGUUUUUUAUAGUUCCUCUUGACAUCUUGAAUUUGAAAUUGAUACAAAAUGAGUCAGAGUGAAGCAGACAUUCUUCCAAAUUCAGCACCAAUCAGCUCAACUGACCAAUCAAAUACAGGAAACAUGAGCAUUAAUACAACAACAGAAGUGUCUGCGGGCUCGAAGAGACUUCAUGUGACGAACCUGCCUUUCAGGAUACGAGACAGUGACUUGCAGGAAAUGUUUGGGGUAAAUUGUAGAACAGAACCAUAUUCAUGGGGGGUGGGUGCACGAUUUUUGAUACGAGACAGUGACUUGCAGGAAAUGUUUCGGGUAAAUUGUAGAACAGAACCAUAUCCAGGGGGAGCACGAUUUUUUGACUUUUGAGUUAUUUUGUUAAAAAUUGUUAUAUUCUUAUAGAAAUAUGGUGAAAUUAUUGAGGCUGAAAUUGUCUAUAAUGAAAGGGGAUCAAAGGUAACAUUCUCUCUUUAAUCAUGAAUAAAAGCACCGAUCUAGGCUAGGGCACUUUAACCCUUUAAGUUGCAUAUGGCCUAAUGCACUCUACUUUGUUAUUUCACUCUGUUUAAUGCCAGGCAAUUUUACUCAUCAAGGGGAAAGCACUGGUUCUUGAAAAAUUGAUGUAGGCAUGGCAAAUUGAAUGAAGAUAGGGGGGUGCAUUGCUUUUCAAUGGGUUAUGUGUGUAUAAUGUAAUAUAUAUAUCUAUAGGGUUUUGGUUUUGUAACAAUGGCUCAAGCUGCUGAUGCAAUGAAGGCAAGAGACAAUCUGAAUGGUACUGUCAUUGAUGGCAGAAAGAUAGAGGUAAUGAAUGUCUCUCGGAGAUAGGGAUCAGUGUUUGAAUUAUUGGAUUAGGCCUAAUAUUAAGGAUUAGCCUAGGAAUAGUGUUAGGAAUAGUGUUAGGAUUUAGGUUAGGAUUAAGUUAGGAUUUGGGUUAGAAAAUAAGGUUAGGAUUAUAAGGAAAGUUUAAGGGUAAUAAUAAAGUAAAAAAACAAAUUCUGAAAAGACAAUUAUUCAGACAGAAUGAAGAUGACUUUGAAAUAAAGUCAAAAAUUUAUAGUCUCAACCUGCGUCUUGUCUUGAAUCAUACAUUGAAUUCUCAAGAUGUCUUGUCUUUUCGGAAUUUGUUUUUUACUUUAUUUUUUAAAUUGUCGACUGGUCCCGGGUUUUUUAAGGGUAAUGUUGGUAUAUUUAAAUGUGGUUGUUAUGGAAAUUCUGUGCAUGUCAACUUGUCCCCAAGUGCAUGUUGCAUGCUCAAUAAUAAUUUUCUUCACACAGGUUAACAAUGCUACACCGAGGCCUAAACGAGGCCCAAUGUCAGCCCAGUCCAACCGAGGAUCAUUUCAUGGUACUGCAUGCUGUUCUAAGGAUGUACCGUCUCUGCAUGUUCAAGCCUUGCAUGUUGCAUGCUGUGCACGUAAUGUAUAACCACGUAUUCUAGUUGCAUGGACAUUGGAAGUAUCAAGAAAUUGCAGGAUUGGUGAUGUAUAAAGGGGUUUUGAUGGGGGUUCAACUGACUUGUAAUGUUUGCCUGUAUUUUUGACAACUGACAAAAUAUAUUAACUGGUAGUAACGGUAGUUGACAGAUGAUAAAACUAAUUUGGAACUGACAUCUUACAAAAAUCUUUAUACUGAUAGCAACUUGUAACUAUAAAACAACUUCUGCCACACUUUUGUAAUUAGGAUAUGAUUUAUUAGGAUACCGAGGGAUGAGAGGUGGUCGUCGAGGGAGAGGGGGUAUGGAUGGCGGAUAUCAAAGCCAAAGGUAGUUAAAACAAAACGAGUUUUUGGUUUUCAAGUUGGAGUGCUUGUUGACAGAGCUCCCUGUGAUGAAACACAAAGAUUUGGAACAUGUGUAGGGUAUAAUAGUUUUGUUUGUGGAAACACCACGUAAAUUUAUUACUGCAAGUUAUUACUAAUAAACUUAAUUUCCACAAACAAAACUAUUAUAUGUUUUAUUGCCAUGCAAACAUACAAAGAACUCAUGUGUAGGCUAGUUGGUAGGGAGCUUAAGCAAACAACAUUUUUGUCAACACGGACGUCAGAUUGCCGAAGUGGACAGGAUUAAAAACUGUUUUUGUAUCAGUUUGUGGUAAUCUUCAACACAUCUGACAAAACAUAAGAUUUUAAAGUUUUGAUUCAAAAUGCUGCCCAAUGCCUAUGUUGACAGAAAUGUUGCUUCCUUAACCUCACUAGUAUCAGUGAGGUUUCAAGUGCUUUUAUUUAUUUGUGUUCUUCAUAUUUUAGUUAUUAUCAAGGAGGAUACAAUCCUAACCAGGUGCAGUAUAUGUUAUUUGAAGAAACACAUCCUUGAAUACUUUAACGAUAUCAUCACCCUAAAUGCACCAUUCUAUUAUUAAAGGGAUAUAGUGCUCCUCCAAGUCAAGAUGCAUAUCGGUAGGUGACGAUAGUGUUAAACUUUUAAGACUGUACAAAUAUUUAUUGUACGGUAAUGCAUAACACUUCCAUUGUAUUGAAAAUCCAUUUGUCCUCCAUGCCAUUCAGUCACUCAAUGUUGUGCUGUUGUUUAUGCUAAAGGUCUAUUAUUUUCACAUUUUCCCUAGCUAUGGGCAACAAGGACAACAAAGUACCUAUGGAGGGGGUUAUGGCAGUGCAUAUGGAGGUACUGGUGGUUAUCAGAAUACAGCUGGCUAUGCCAGUGGAUAUAAUAGUGGAGGAUAUGGUGGGGUAGGUAUUUCAUACUUGUAUGGUAGCUCUAGAUAUAUUUGAGUCAGUAUUAGAGGACACCAGAUGCUGGUCAACCCCAGAUGUAUUGACAUUUGUAGGGGCAAACAAAUUAAACUAUACAGCUAUGAAUUCCACUUUUUUGCUACCAAAUACAAGACUCUACUGCACAUAUACUGACCUUAGUAUUCAGCCAUUCAUCUAUAUUUUUCUUUAUGCACUUUAUAUGUGAUGGUUUUUGACAAUAACUUUUAUUAAAUUACUGUAGGGUUACCAACAGCAAGCUCCUCAGCAAAGUCACACACAAGGAUAUCGCUAUCAACCAUAUUGAAGACAACAGUAUAACAUAGUGUCCUAACAAAUCAUGAAAGUUGAUUCUAACUGUAAUAUAUUAGAUAGGUUUGCUACACUAGAUAGUAGAGACUUUCAUAGUAUACAGUAGAGAUAUGUUGUACAUUUAAGCUUGUUUCAUCAUUCUUCAUUUAUAUUCUUUGUUUGUUACAAGGCCAGAUUACGGUGAAUACUAUAUGAACACCUUUCAGAAAAACUUGCAGCACAGAUGAAUGUAGCCUUUGAUAUUGUCUCAACAUUUUACAAUUACACAGUCAUGUACAGUUUUUUAAAUUUCACAUAUGUAUCUACCAUGUCCAUUUGCUGAGAAUGUAUGGCAAAGUUUACAAUGUAUACUUUUAAAGAACGAAUAUACUGUAUUUAAGGAUCAAUAAGUAUGAAACAUAUUGCUUUGUUUCACAUGUUAUAUUAUUACGUUGUCAUGAUUUCUUCAAAAGUAAACGAUUGUCGUGUGGUAGAGAGUAACAGUGAAUUAACAUCAUUACAAAAACCACAUGCAAUCUCGGCAUGAUGAAGUACUUUUUCAACAAGAUUCAUUCUUUCCUCUUCAUUCUAAAAU